AUGACGACCGAAAAAAUGGAAUUACAAGCAAGUAAUCCUCAUUUCUUGGGUUCGAUAGAAAUGUGCGAAAAUUGUGGAGCCCUGUAUUUUACAGGAGAGAAGAAGAACCGUUCUAACGUACGGCUUAGUUGUUGUAAGAACGGAGCAUACAGUUUGCCUUCAUAUUCAAACUGUCCGCAAGCCUGGAAGAACUUGUACUUAGGGAAUAGUAGCAAUGCUAUUCGGUUCAGAAAAGAGAUAAGAUCUAUAAAUAGUAUAUUCGCUAUAGCAUCGUUCAAUACCAGCAGAAGAGUCCAAAAUCGCCAAGGACAACAAGGCCAUGGAGUAGACACAUACCCUCUAUCGGUUCAUGGUGUCCGUUUUUUUAAGGGCACCAUCGAGCCAGAGCACAGAGGAUCUCCGAGUUGGAAAUUAAAAAGUAGCGAUUGCUCACCCAAUCAUCGAAGGCUCAUCCACUUCUGGCGCAUGUCGCGAGGUCUACCGGUUCAUACGCGCCAGCCCACGAUGGGCGUAGUAUCGAGAAAGAGGAGUGGAUCGGGGGGAAGGCCUACCAAGCCGACCCCCUUAAAUACACAGGUUGGUCAAGACUAA